CGAGGGCCACGAGGGCUGCCCUUGCGGAACCCAGAGCCGUCUCCCUCCCCUGGAAGGCACAGGUGCCAGCUGUAUGGCCUUCGGCCAGUCAUCUCCCUGGCCCGUGCCUCGGUUUCCCCAACGUUACACUGGGGAGGGGGUCUGAGGAGCUACGUGGUCAUCUGCUCCUUCCUGCCAAAUUUUCGCUCAUCAUCUCCGCUCUGCGCACAAGUCCAGGCUCUCUUUAACUGCUUUUGACUUACAGGAGUCUUCCUCCUCUUCCUCCCACCUUGAAUGCUAUUAGUUGACUUUCAUUCUGUGAUUCACGGGAGUUGAAGGCCUUUUCAAUACUUUCCCCACCUAUUAGAUUAUUUUUAACGAAAACGUUGUUUCUGGGAAAAGAAAAAACUUUUUUUAAAAACUUUAGGCAAGUGGAAACAUCCCUAUUUUUCAACAGGUUAAAAAUCGAGAAAUAUAAACCAGAUGUAGCUGGUUCUUGACAUGGAGAACCAAACUCAUAAUACAAUGGGAGCUUCUCCUUGUGAAGCUGAGCUUCAGGAAUUAAUGGAACAAAUUGACAUCAUGGUAAGCAACAAAAAAAUGGAUUGGGAAAGAAAGAUGCGGGCUUUGGAGACACGAUUAGAUCUUCGAGAUCAAGAGUUGGCAAAUGCACAAACCUGUUUGGAUCAGAAAGGUCAAGAGGUGGGGUUACUUCGACAGAAACUGGACAGUCUGGAAAAAUGUAAUUUAGCAAUGACUCAGAAUUAUGAAGGACAACUGCAAACCCUAAAAGCUCAAUUUUCCAAACUAACAAAUAGCUUUGAAAAACUGAGAUUGCACCAGAUGAAACAAAACAAAGUUCGACGACAAGAGCUGCCACACAAAGAAGAAAUGUCCUUUGAAAUGAGCAAUUUGAACCAGAAAUUGGAGGAAUUUAGAGCAAAAUCAAGAGAAUGGGAUAAGCAAGAGAUACUAUAUCAGACUCACCUAGUUUCUUUAGAUGCUCAGCAAAAAUUAUUAUCUGAGAAGUGUAAUCAAUUCCAGAAACAGGCACAAAGUUACCAAACUCAACUAGAUGGUAAAGCACAGAGCAUAGAAGACAGCAGCUGUGAAAUUCCUCGCUUGAUAUGUGACCCAGAUCCCAGCUGUGAAACCAAUGAGAGAGAUGAAUUCAUUAUUGCCAAACUAAAAUCAGCUGUGAGUGAAAUAGCACUAAGCAGGAAUAAGUUACAAGAUGAAAAUCAGAAGCUCCUGCAAGAACUGAAAAUGUACCAAAGACAGUGCCAGGUCAUGGAAGCAGGACUCUCAGAGGUGAAAAGUGAGUUGCAGUCACGUGAUGAUCUCUUGCGAAUUAUAGAAAUGGAACGAUUGCAGUUACACAGAGAAUUGUUAAAAGUCGGAGAGAACCAAAACACUCAAGAAAAUAAGAAAAGACUCGAAUCAUCUUAUUCACCUUCUAUUAAAGAACCAGAAAGGAAAAGGAAAGAGCUGUUUUCAGUGGCCCCAGAUCAAUCAAAUCAUGAAAAAGAAUUAAACAAGAUAAGAAGCCAGCUCUACCAGGAGGAAGAGUACCAUAGUUCUGAGCAGGAAAGAAUGAGGAAUGAAAUCUCCGACCUAACAGAGGAGCUCCAUCAGAAGGAGAUCACUAUAGCAACUGUCAUGAAGAAAGCUGCCCUUCUGGAAAGACAGUUAAAAAUGGAAUUGGAAAUAAAAGAAAAAAUGUUAGCAAAACAACAGGUCUCAGAUAUGAGAUAUAAAGCUGUCAGAACCGAAAACACACAUCUGAAAGGAAUGAUGGGAGAUUUAGACCCUGCACGGUACCUGAGUAUGGAUUUCACUAACAGGGAACAUUCAAGGCAUACAUCUAUCAACAAACUGGAAUAUGAAAAUGAAAGGCUUCGAAAUGAUCUUGCAAAACUUCAUGUUAAUGGAAAAUCGACAUGGACGAAUCAAAAUAGCUAUGAAGAAACUGGAAGAUACUCCUAUCAAGGCCAAAUAAAAAUGGAAAAAAAUGAAGAUAGACUUAGCCAAAACUGUGAGCCAAAGAGAAGUGCAACACCUUCAUUACUACCUUUGACUUUUCCAACCAAAGAAAUGACAAGCCCUUUGGUUAGCGAUGAUGAAGUAUUCCCACUGUCUCCCCCAGAUAUGUCCUUCCCAGCUUCUUUGGCUGCACAACAUUUCCUUCUGGAAGAAGAGAAGCGAGCAAAAGAACUUGAGAAACUUCUAAAUACACAUAUCGAUGAACUGCAAAGACACACAGAAUUUACUCUUAAUAAAUACACCAAGCUAAAACAAAAUAGACACAUAUGAGCUUUUAAACUUUUUCAUUUGCUUCCGCCACCCCAAGGAAAGAAAAGCUCGGACAAAAUAUUUACAAAGAUGAUUCAUGAAACUAAGAAAUUGUGUUGUUUUCUUGAGUAAAUAGCUUCUGUAAGGUGGCUAGACAAUAGUAUUUUGUUCAAAAGCUGUUUGUAUUUCUGCAUUAACAUACUAAAUUGUUCUGCUGUAGAGUUACUAUAAAAUAAACAUGACUACUCCAAAAGA